GGCGCACCCCUCGACCAUGUCCGACCGCGAGUUUGGCGGCAACGACGACCUGUCGCUGCCAAAGGCCACGGUGCAAAAGAUUGUCCAAGACAUCCUCGCCAGCGAGCCCGGCAUGACGUUUGCCAAAGACUCGCGCGACCUGCUCAUUGAAUGCUGCGUCGAGUUCAUCACCCUCAUCUCCUCCGAGGCCAACGAGAUUGCCGAAAAGGACGCCAAGAAGACGAUAGCCUGCGAGCACGUCAAGGCCGCCCUCGAGGAGCUCGACUUUGGCGACUACGUGCCCGCCAUUCUCGAGGUGGCCCACGACUACAAGAAGCAGCAGCAGAACCGCGAGAAGAAGCAAACCAAGAUUGAGCAGAGCGGCAUGACCGAGGAGCAGCUCAUUGCUGCCCAGGAGGAGCUCUUCAAGACGGCCACGAGCAAGUUCAACGCGCCCCCGCAAUGAUUGCCCGGCUUUUGUUGCACGCUCCAUUUGUACGAAUAACACGCUCGGGCGUACGGCGUUUGGGUGGGCAUGGCGGCAUGCAGGCAAGGCGUUUUUUUUUGUGGGGGGGUUUAGACCAGGCUGGAACCCUGAAGGCAUUCAGCGUGUCCCGGGCCGCCCAUGUUUUGCAGCAUAAGGCUAGGCGUUCUUUUUUUGCCAGCGUGACUCGGUGGCUAUCCGCCUGCGCCGCCGUCACCAAUCUACUUGUAGGCUGACUCUGAUGCACCGUGCAUGGACUUUUUGCUACUGCUACUGCUGCUCGUGAAAUGCGCGCCAGCAAGGCCAGGCACGCGCGAGCAUUUCGCGGCCAAUGACGUCGAGGCGCGUGGGCCGCCGCCAAACCCCGCGUAGCCCUGGCAAGUAGCCGCAUCCCACCUACACAUCUGCCCC